AUGUUCAACAGUUAUCAUUUUCCUGACCAACCAUUCGUAAUUACUGGUUUUGAAUGUUAUAUCAAGUGUUUGCUUCCAGUUUUGGCACUUCCUUUGGCUUUUCCUUCAGAAAUCAGCGAAAAUCACCGAAGUAUCAAUUUACCACUAACAGUUGACGCUAUGGUGCUUCCCCACAUGCCAUUAACUCUAAAUAAGGCUACCAUAAGGCAGCUUAAGAAAUUCUUCACUAGUCCAACACAUAACUAA